UCUCAGAUGAGAAACACAUUUCUAUCGAACGCGAAGACCGAAAGACAUCAAGACCAACGAAGGAAGAGAAUCUGAAGGAAGACUAAAUACAGCACUGGUUCAACUUAAACCUCCCAAAAMACGACUUUUCCGAAGAAAGAAAUUUGAUUUAUUUUACUGCAAUUGGAGAUGGUCUCCUUGAGGAUAAGCGCGCUCUUGUUGUGURCUCUGGCAUCUAACAUUCUAUUACUCCUAGAAGGGAAAACCCUCGAACAAAGUUACGAAGAAAAUGCCUUCGACAAGAUAGCCAAGAUCGAUAGUCAAUACGYUGACUUAAAAGACAGGAGACAUGAAGUAGACAUGGUGCUUCCAAAGGUUAUAAAGACAACUAGAAGAAGACGAGGUUUGCCACUAAAGUCUGAUUCACCGUCUCCACUCUUUAGCACCGUGAGACUAUGGCCAGGAGGCGUGAUACCUUAUACCAUAGCAUAUACCUUAAGAGAGAAGACCCAUUUCUACAAUCUUAUCAAGGAAGCCAUUAAAGAAUAUCAACAGAAAACUUGCUUAAAAUUCGUAGAACGAACUACAGAAACAAACUACUUAGAAUUCUACUAUGGACCUGGAUGCCAAUCUGAUGUUGGCUACCAGGGUGAGGGCAUACAGGCGCUAUCGUUGGGCAAGGAUUGUGACAGCCUUGAUAUAGUGAUUCAUGAGAUUGGACACGCGAUUGGUUUUUAUCACGAGCAAAACCGACCAGACCGAAACAAAUACGUCAAAGUCUUGUGGAAUAACAUCCAAGCAAAUAUGCGCUUUUCGUACGAGAUCAAGAGCGGAUGGCAUCCAGAGAGCCUCAAAACUCCUUACGACUACUACUCUAUUAUGCACUACGGAAACAAGGACUUUAGACGAAACAACCAGGUAGUGACAAUGAGGUCUCUUAGGCCAGGGAUCACAACUUUUGGUGGUAACUUACUAUCAGGUUUAGAUGCACAGAGAGUCAGAAAAAUGUACCAGUGUCCAGAAUUUCCUGAUUUUCCUCGUGAAUUUUACUGGUCUCAUGAUGGUCGUGGAAUACAAGGACAAACUUGUAUCAAGAUGAACGAACCCCGUGACCCAUACAGUUGGAACGAUAACUACUUAUGCUACCGAGGCAAAGGCAAACGACCGCUGAACAUUAGAUGGUCGCACAGUGGGCCCAUAUAUGGAAUGUCCUGCACUCAAAUCACUGAGUCAAGCAAACCGUCUUGGACUUCUUGGAAUGAUAACUAUCUCUGUGUCCCCACGUAUUCGCCCUACAAAUUCAAAUGGCUCACAACAAGACCAAGUAAUGAAGACAGAAAGAAUUGUAAGAAGAUUAAUGAACCUCGUGACCGGUACUGGAGUAAYGGAUAUCAUUACUUGUGCGCUACUGAUCGUGAGACUGAUAAACGAGACGGGCAGUGGUCAGAAUGGGGAGAAUGGAGAGAUUGUUCUCGAGACUGUGGAACAGGAUACCAUAAUCGAAUUAGAAACUGUACUAAUCCUCCUCCAGCGAACGGCGGGAAAUCCUGUGUGGGGGUGGAAUCUGAACGUGAAACUUGCAAUACUCAGCCUUGUUCAGGUCCACCAGUGUUUCCCGAAGACUUCUCGUACUCCAUGAACAUGAACUCACUUCCAACCGGCAACUGUCUUCGCACAUACGAUCUCCUUAACUACUUCAAAUGGAUCCACUACUACUUCUGUACUUCAAGCUCCAGAAGUGAUCCGGGUAUCAUGUGGUCGUAUAAUGGACCAAUCCCUAAUAUGCGUUGCACCAGGAUAUACAACCCUAUUGAGAACAAGUAUCGUAGAGGAAGCUGGAUGAAAAACUAUCUCUGUGUUCCUACCGACUCGACAUAUCACUUUGUGUGGUCUCUCAAGGGGCCGAUAAAGGGUCUACCUUGCAUGCGAUGGUACGCACAGAAUGGACGCAAGGGAUGGGACAAGACGUACUUGUGUAAUCAAAAGCAACCUAAAAGUAUCUACGCAUACCACAACAAAUAAUUGAAUUCAACCUGUACUAACACUAUUACAACAUCAUUCAAAUAGUGUGUGUUCACGGCAGCCAUGUUGGUGCCAGAAACAAUGCAAUAUUUUUUGCAUGACAAGAAAACUUAUUUCCCAAGGAAAAAAAAAAUUCUUUUGUUUAAGCAACCAACAUGGCUGGCAUGAACACACUCUAUAGAGGGAAGGAUCAUCGUUCAUCGUAUAGUUGACAAGACGGGUUUGGAUCAAAACAAAACUUGUAAAUUAAAAAUAUAUAUUAAGUCUCGACUACUGUAAAAUGUUUAGUUUAGUUUAGAAAACUAAAGAAGAAAAGAGUGUGAUAUUAUUUAAAUCUACAAAGGAGGAGAAAGACAGCUUUAAAACCAAGCCUUCCAUAGGGAAAACAGGAGCCUGUGGGAGACCAUUUUAUGGUCAGUACGGAACCAAUGAAAAUGUCUGUCAUGAAAAAUAGCCCCUUGUUACCUAUUUAUAAAACUCUGGUAAUUAUUAUAGUUAUUAAUGGGAUUAAUAUAAUAAGAUAAGUACUAUUGUACAUUCUUGAUUAAAGAACUGUAAAAUACGAA